UACGUAGGUGUCCGAGCAGCCUUUCAGGACCGCAGCGUCCAGGAGCAAAGCGGACAGCACGGUCUGGGUGCACAGCGCGCGGUCGGUGCUGCGCUAACUCGGGAUAGAACCUUCGGCUCCGCCCAGGAGCGCCCGAGCACGACCCAGCUGAGCUUCCCACACCGGAUAUCAUUUCCCAUUUGGGCCCAGAUGUCAAUUCGAGCCUAUGCGGUCGACAAUUCUUAAAUCUCUUCACCCGGGUGUCCCCUGGACUGCAAACGAACCCUGAGCGAGAGCAGCAACCUCUCGACGAUGGUGUUCUGGAGCCGCCAAUCUUUACUGCUGCAGGACCCGGGGACGCGCGCGGUCCUGCUUUACGGCAAGGGCGCGCGCGUUUGCGACAGCGUGACGCCAGGAGGUUUUGGCGGGAAAAGCGCUGCAUUUGGAUUCCUGUGGUGGCGGGCAAAGGACAGCCCGCCGCGGAGCUCAGUGGAGUCAUGGCAGUGCCUUUUGUGGAAGACUGGGACUUGGUGCAAACCCUGGGAGAAGGUGCCUACGGAGAAGUUCAACUUGCUGUGAAUAGAAUAACUGAAGAAGCAGUUGCGGUGAAGAUUGUAGAUAUGAAGCGUGCCAUAGACUGUCCAGAAAAUAUUAAAAAAGAGAUCUGUAUCAAUAAAAUGCUAAAUCAUGAGAAUGUAGUGAAAUUCUAUGGUCAUAGGAGAGAAGGCACUAUCCAGUAUCUAUUUCUGGAGUACUGUAGUGGGGGAGAACUUUUUGACAGAAUAGAGCCAGACAUAGGCAUGCCUGAACAAGAUGCCCAGAGGUUCUUCCAUCAACUCAUGGCAGGGGUGGUUUAUCUGCAUGGUAUUGGAAUAACUCACAGGGAUAUUAAACCAGAAAAUCUCCUGUUGGACGAAAGGGAUAAUCUCAAAAUCUCAGACUUUGGCUUGGCGACAGUGUUUCGACAUAAUAAUCGAGAGCGUUUGUUGAACAAGAUGUGUGGUACUUUACCUUAUGUUGCUCCAGAACUUCUGAAGAGAAAAGAAUUUCAUGCAGAACCAGUUGAUGUUUGGUCCUGUGGAAUAGUACUUACUGCAAUGUUGGCUGGAGAAUUGCCGUGGGACCAGCCCAGUGACAGUUGUCAGGAAUAUUCUGAUUGGAAAGAAAAAAAAACAUACCUCAACCCUUGGAAAAAAAUCGAUUCUGCUCCUCUAGCUCUGCUGCAUAAAAUCCUAGUUGAGAAUCCAUCAGUAAGAAUUACCAUCCCAGACAUCAAAAAAGAUAGAUGGUACAACAAACCGCUCAAGAAAGGGGCAAAGAGGCCCCGUGUCACUUCAGGUGGUGUGUCAGAGUCUCCCAGUGGAUUCUCUAAGCACAUUCAAUCCAAUUUGGACUUCUCUCCAGUAAACAGUGCUUCUAGUGAAGAAAAUGUGAAGUACUCCAGUUCCCAGCCAGAACCACGGACAAGUCUGUCCUUAUGGGAUACCAGUCCCUCAUACAUUGAUAAACUGGUGCAAGGAAUCAGUUUUUCCCAACCCACAUGUCCUGAUCAUAUGCUUCUGAAUAGUCAGUUACUUGGCACCCCAGGAUCCUCACAGAAUCCCUGGCAACGCUUGGUCAAGAGAAUGACACGAUUCUUUACCAAAUUGGAUGCAGACAAAUCUUAUCAAUGCCUGAAAGAGACUUGUGAGAAGUUGGGCUAUCAAUGGAAGAGUUGUAUGAAUCAGGUUACCGUAUCAACAACUGAUAGGAGAAACAAUAAACUUAUUUUCAAAGUGAAUUUGGUAGAAAUGGAUGAGAAGAUAUUGGUUGACUUCCGGCUUUCUAAGGGUGAUGGAUUGGAGUUCAAGAGACACUUCCUGAAGAUUAAAGGGAAGCUGAGUGAUGUUGUGAGCAGCCAGAAGGUUUGGCUUCCUGGCACAUGAUUGAUCCAUUGGGGGAUUGAUUCCUGGUGAAUAUAGUGCUGCUAUGUGGACAUUUUUCUUCCUAGAGAAGAUUAUCUUAUUCUGCAAACUGCAAAUAAUAGUUCCUGAAGAGUUCACUUCCCUCUUUAUCCAAACAUCUUCCAGUUCUUUUUGUAUGUUCUGCAUACAAAUACCUAUAUCUUAAUUAUAAGUAAAACUUUGGGGAGGAGAUGGAUAGAAUUCGUUAGCUAUUGCUUCAUCUGUGUUUAGUGUCUAAAUUUAAAACCUAUCUGGUGGAAUCCAAGUUUCAGGGUACUUUACCAGCUUUUAUACCAACAUAUAUCUCAUUUUGUUUUAUCCAAAAAGUACGUAUUUCCUGCAUGUUGAUUUAAUUAUAAGGGUGAAUUAGUAAGGGCUUAAUCCUUGUGACUUUUGAAUGGUAGAUUUAUCAGUCUGUGAAGUGAGGCCAACUUCAAAGAAUGUAUCCCCAAGAUUUGUACUUACACUUUCAAAAGGGCCUGACCAGUUAUAUAAACCUGUUUGAGUUAAAACAAUUAAUUGAAAUUGCAAGUAGGUGUUUUUUCUGGUGUAGUUAGUAAUAUAUAAAAUACUGGUUGGUCUUUCAAGUAGAAGUUGAGCAUACACUGUAGUGCUUAACUAACUUUAAGAAUUACUGUUGCACAUUUUAAAUAUUUUUCUAUAUUCUACCUUCACAGCCCUAUUUUAAUUCUUUACUACAGAAAUAAAAUUCUAUUUUGAAAA